AUGUCGAAGUGGAUGUCUCAGUCUAAUCUUGGCUGCCGCCGUUUCGCAGUUGCUUCCUUUGUUGGGGUUAUGUAUGAUUGGGCACUUACAUUCGGACAAGAGGUUGAAUUGAUCUGGAGACAACAUUGGUCUCUUAUGACAGUGAUGUAUCUCAGUGCGCGCUACCUUGGGAUCUUAUCCACUGCCCUGUACAUGCUGAUCAGUGUUCCGACCAUCUCGCUAACAGAUGCAAGUUGGACGACUACUUUGUUAUUUGCGAUGUUGUGGGUCAUCAUGAUCGUUCGGUUAUAUGCCAUGUAUCAACGAUCCAGAAAUAUCCUGAUAUUUCUUGUUGUCUCCUUCCUGGGUGUCGUCAUUUUCGACGGAAUGGCCGCCAUACUGUUAACGGUACAUGGUUCAGGGGAGGAACUCGUUUUCUCCGGCACUUAUCAGUGCCUGAUUAGCUCUGGGGAAGAUAUCCUAAUACUUCUAGAUUCCAUUACUUGGAUGCUCUCCAUUGUGUGGGAGGUCCUUGCGCUGUGUCUCGCAGUUUGGAUUGCGGUUAAACACUGCCGUGAACUGCGACAACAUUCGGCAAGAGGGAUUAUCGGGGACUGUUUCACAGUGUUGAUGAAAACUCAUGUGGUUUACUUUGUGAGUUUCGUUGCUGUUUCUUGCUUGCAGCUCAUUACCAAUUUCUCUCCGAUAAUCUUAGCGGACCAAAAUUCCCUAGCGACUCAGACUUUUGAUGGCUUGAUUCAGAUUUUGACAGUCGUGCAGUCGUUUGUGCUGGGACCACGCCUGAUCCUUGGCGUCCGAGAGUAUCACGCUAAGCUUGUGGCUGACUCCGACGAAGCAUCUGCUAUGACCUCAAUCGCUUUCCAGGAGCGCGUGAAUAUACCCACUGGCAGUGGUGUAUAA